AUGGCUGACGAGGAGGAGCGCAUUAAAGCUGAGAAGCUGGCCGCUGCCAAGAAAAGAGUGGCCCAGCUCCAGAAACAGAAGAAAAAGGCCAAUAAGAAGGCCUCGCCCGACACAGAAGCCCCUAAAGAUACAGAGCCAAUUAAGGCGCCCGAAGCUGCUGCGACCGAAGAGACUGCAGAGAUAGCAGACAGCCCAUCAGCAGAUGCCCACCCCGCCGAGGAGAAGCCGCGGGAAGACGCCAUCACAGAGACCAGCACGGAGCAGCCGACCGAUGCGGAACCAGUAGCAGCUGAGCCAGAAGCGCAAGAAAAGCGCAACGAAUCCACCGAGUCCUCAACGGAACCCAUGCCUCCGGCGCCCGGCUCCCCAGACCCAGACGCAGAGCCACAACCAGCUCGACUGGAUACCCCGCGAGCGGGCCACAGCCGCGCGCCAUCCUUGUCAAUCCAAUCGAAGAUGCGCUCGUCAUCUUUCCGCAAGACGUCCGUGUCUCAAGGCAGUCACUCACCUUCUCCAAUAAAUCUUAAAUCGCCCCCGCCAUCACUACCGCCCCUGACUGGUGAUGGAGAUUCGGUGCACGAAGUGUUCCGGAAACAAUCGACGCGGAUUGAAGAUCUGGAGAAGGAUAAUAAGCGCAUGGAGAAUGAGUUGAGUGAAACUACGGCGCGCUGGCGAAAGACAGAAGAUCAACUAGAGGAUCUUCGGGAAGCCAGCGUAGACGCUGUAGAGCUGCGAGAGAAAUUGAAGGAGGCGGAGGAGAAGGUCGCUAGUAUUGAGUCACUGAAGGAGGAAAUUGCCUCGCUCCAACGACAAAACUCACAGCUUCAGUCCCGAUCACACCGCAAUAAUUCCAGCGCUGUCCCUGGAAAAUCAGAGUCACCUCCAGCUGACCUUGUGCGCCAGCUGGAGUCCAAAUCGACUACAAUUGAGGCUAUGGAGCUAGAAAUUUCGAACUUGCGGGCCCAAAUAAACUCCCAGUCGACUUCUAACAGUGCGCAUGAGACCCAGCUCGCGGCACUGGAAGAGAAGGUCGCCCAAGGCCAAAGUGCCCUUGAAAAGUCUCAAAGUGAGUUGGCAGACGCCAAGCAAGCGUUGACGCGGGCCUCGGAGAAAGCCGUGAAAGAAGGCGUGGACAAGACAUCCACCGAGACCCUGAUCAAGACCCUCGAGCGAGAUAUCGAGGGUCUCAAGAAUGAAAAGACCGAGGCCGACAAGAAGAUUGAAACGCUGGAGAAGAAACUUCAGGCCAUGGGCAACCUGCACAAAGAAUCAGAGACCCGUCAUCAGACCAGGCUCCGCGAAAGCGAGAAAUCUGAAAAGGAGACGGCUGUGCUCCGUAAGAAACUGGCCAGCAUUGAGAAUGAGAACCUCCGGCUCCGCGAGGAGCUUGAUCGCAUGAAGAAACGCGAUGCUGGAGGAACAGAUGACGACGCCUUAGACGAGCUUGAGGAUGAAGAACGCCAGCGCCUCGAGCGCCGUAUCCGUGAGUUGGAAGGCGAAAUCUUCGACCUCCGCCGCGGGGUCUGGGAAGAAAGGCGCCAUGAACUCACAGGUCAGCCUUUCUCCGAUGAGAACCCUGAGCACUCCGCCGGUGAUGCCGCAGCCAACGCCUUUGACGACGUUGAUCUUGUCGGUGGCCGUCCGGACCACGCCCGCCGCCGUAGCAUGGCACACCAGCAACAGCAUUCCUCUUUCUCCACUGUACUAUCAAGUGGUUUUGCCGCGUUCACAGGUGGCAGCAGCCCCAACCGCGCCCGCGCCGGCUCCUCUAACCCGCCUCACCCGCAUGGUCCCGCAACGCGCGGUAGUCUAGAACUGCUUUCCGAAGAGAAUCUGGAAGACGAGUUCGAUGAAGCUGAGUUUAGACGUGCCCAGGCCGAAGAAGAAGCGCGCAAGCGUGUCGAAUGGGUUCGUGAAAUCAAGCGCAAGCUUCGCGACUGGAACUCCUGGCGCUUGGACUUGGUUGACAGUCGUGCUGGUGCUGCGGGUGCCGGCGUUGGAAUGGGGGAGAUCUUUGAAGUUUAG